AAUAGACUCCAAACUUUUUUCUUAAAUCAACAUCACGUAACCUUAAAAUAAAUUCUUGUGACAGUAUGGAGCAGUCAUCCUAUUUAUUUAGAGAUACAAGAAACUAUAGAAACAUAUUCACAAGAAUCAUGGAAAAACGGACCAUGGCAAAUUCCAAUAUGUCCAUUGAUAGCCUCGAAAUAUCUCAAGACCUCGUAGUGAGUAAAACAAAACCGGUGCAGUUACAAGAAGAGCCUACUGAAACUAUUUUGGUACCAUUCUACGAGAACGAUGUCCUCAUAAAAAUCCCAAAAAAGAACAAACCAAAACAACAUGCCUUGAAAAACAGUAAUAAAUGUGAAAAUUCCAAAUAUGCCCCAGAAUCAGUGUCGUAUCUCGUCAACAGAAACAAAAACAAAAGACCUUCAUACUUGGAGAUGUUUCAGAAGCAAUUACACCGCAAUGCUCCGAGGAAAGAAGAACCUGACAUACGGUCCAUAUCUCCAGAGUUUGGUGACACUGAUAUAGGAAGCGUUAGUGAGUGUGCUAAUAGUUCAGCCUUAGACUUUUAUAACACUGAAGCCUACAACGAAAUAUACUACGAGAAGCUACUCCACCAUGUCGUGGAAAGCUUUGAAAAUUCUCUAGACGAUGGUGAAGUUACUAGCAAAUCGCUUGAAAUGAAUAAUCUAAAAAGUGUGUCUGAAGUAACACCACCGCCGAGAAGGGCAAGACGGACGACGGUGCUGCCCAUCCAAUACGUGAAACUAGGAGGUCUAGGACCAGAUAUGGAGCAAAUAAAGCCAAGAUUAGAACGAGCAAGGAGUCUGCAAAGGUAUUCGGAGAAAGUGCGAAUGGAGAAUCGGCUAAAGAUAUACAAAUUGACACUAGAAGAGGAGGAGAAAAGAAAAGCAGAACGAGAUACUCCUCGGAAACGGAUUGAAGCAAAACCGAAAGAAGAAGAUAAGAAAGGAAAUAAUGCGUCUUAUCUCAUGAACAAUCAAAAUGCUGCUAAAAAGAAACCCGCAAACAAACCUAAAACUAUCUUAUCAGCUGUUGAGCCAGUUGUUGAUGGGGGAAAUGAUAAGGCUCCAAAAACGGAAAGCAAAACUAUUGUCCUAAAACCAAACACAAAAAAUAACAAAAGUAAUGCUGAAAAAAUAUAUCAAAAGGCUACUGUUACGAAAAGUAAAAACAAAUCAAUUAAUGAUGCAAACAGCAAAGGUAUAAAGAAUAAUAUAGUAAAUAAACUUGAAAACAAUAACAUACGAUCAGAAUCUCCAAUUGAUAACUAUUUAACAUGCAUUGAAACAGACAGAAACGGCUCGAGCACUUUAAGAAGUUUAGAAGAGAAACAUCGUAUGUUUCAAGAACAAGUCAAAGGCUUUACUUUUGGGUGUCGUAAUUGAGUGUACCUAUUGUAUUUUUUGUCAGGUCCCUCUCCAAUUUCGAGUGUAUGAAUAAAUAGUAAUUUGUUUA